AUGCCUAGUUUAUAUGGUGGAUAUGGUCGUUAUGGUUGCAUCAUGGCGUUCAUGGCUUGUCACGUAGCUGCUACCCACUCUAGUCUUGACUACCAUGAAAGAAUGAUGCAGAGUAUGACGGAUGCAAUGUUGCAUGAAAUGUUGGACAAACUGCCCGAUGUAAUCAAGGAAAAAAUAGAAGAACUUGGAUUGGCAGGAAACGAAUUGAGUAUGGAAGAGUUUGCCAGACUGCCAGAAAGUAUCAUAAAGAGACUCAAUCCAAAUGUACUGUCAGGUCUUACUGCUGAAGAUGUCGGUGAACUUAUUAUGUAUGUUGGUAACAGUCCAGAGGGUUUGUUCCAUCUUCUAUCUCAUCUCAAUCCAAAAGUCUUCAGAGAAUUUCUUGAAUAUGCACAACAGUUAAUUGACGAACAAGGAGCACCAUCACCUGAGAUUAGAGUUGUUAUUAUAUCUGCUUUUGAAUUUCACUUUGGUAAAAAAUUGAAUGUUGAAGAUAUCGAGCUUCUAUCACCAUUUCUUGCUUCUAUCAGUGUUGAUUCUAUCAGGAGAAUGAAAGACAAAGAAACAUUUUUAGCGCUUCUCGAAAACCUAACACCCAAUAUUCGUAAGGAACUUCAGUCAGCCCAGGCACGAGCUAUUUUGCAAGCUGGAUUAAGACAUUGGGGUAAAACCUCCUACUGGGAUGAGGAGAAACUAUCCAUGAUUGGUUCUCUUAUGGCAUAUAUGGAACCCAGCGAGCUGAAAACUAUCAGUCCUGCCAUUAUGAUGAAUUUGUUGCCUAUGCUCAGCAAGUUUGGAUUUGAACACAGUCGAGGUAGGAUUAUAGUAAAUGUUGCAACACAGUCUCCUGGAUGGAAAUGGACUGCGGAUCAAGUCAAGGACCUUGGUUCCUUGGUACAGUAUUUACACAGUUCAGAGAUUAUUAACUUACCCAGUGAUGUGCUUGCAGAGACAGGUGACAUGUUAGUGAAAUCAGUCACCAGUAACAAUGGAACUAGAUCGCAAGUAAGGAACCUUGCUAAAAAGAUGAAAGAGUCAAUGGGUAAAGUUGAAGAUUGGGGCGCUGAGGAAAUUCAAACCAUGGGUCCAGCUAUUAGUGGUCUGAAUGUCAAAGAAUUGAAGAACCUUCCUGCCACUGCUGUAGUUCAAGAGAUUACAAAUUUGAGGAAAGGCAGUUUUAGUAAACGACAGAAGGAGGUCCUAAUGAAUAAAUUUAAAAGUGCUCGAAAUGAUACUGCUAAGCCUAUAUCAGGCAAAGAACUCAGAAAGCUUGGAAAACUGGCUGCAGGAUUGAAGAGUAGUGACUUCAAACAGAUGAGACCACAGGAUAUUAGAGAGUCAUUGGAAACCUUUAAGGAAGCCAGAAAAGAAAUGAAGAAGACUCAGAAGUUUGAAAUCAUCAAAAAGUUGAAAGAAACUGAAGGCGGUAUUGGUGAAGUUUUGGUAGAAAUGGGUGAUUUGGCUUCUGAGGUGCCGUUGAGUUCAUUGGAAACCAUAUCAGUGGAACAAAUGGGAUUUGAACAGGAAGGUGACAAUGUCUCAGAAGUGUCUAAUGUUGGUAAAAUUCACUGGAAGAAGAGUCAGAGUAUGAUGAUGUUCCGUGAAGUGGUUAAAAAGCAGAUGUUUGCAGAUGGUUUAGAUAUGAUUUCCGCAGGCAGUCUCAGGUUCCUGGGUACCCUAACUUUAGGAAUGACGUGUGAUGAUAUUGAGUCUUUGCUUGAUGAUACCAUUAUAUCAGUAGUUGGUGUAUUGAUGGAACAAGAUGGAUGGGAUAAAAGACAGCUCAGCUGUAUGGCUGACAAAGUGAGACACAGUUUAGGAGGUUCAGACAACAUGACAGCAAGCCUAGAUGAAAUUGAUAUCACUUUAUUGACUGGACAGCUACUCAAAGAAUUGACAGCUGAUGAGUUAACAAAUAUAGGUUCACAAGAACGUCAACACGUUUACACCGCUAUAGGUCAAGUGGACGUAACCAACAUGAACAGAGAUAAACAAGAACGAAUUGCAAAUGAUAUUUUAAAAAUGCGGGAGAAGGACAGAGCUGGUUCAGUAAUUGAUAGUGAAGAUCUAGAUGUGUUGGGUAAAUUGAUUUGUGAUGUUGAUGCUGAUGCCUUGGAGAGAUUGUCCACUGAUGUAUUCAGUAAUGCACUGUAUGAUUUCCAACACUGUUGCUUGUCAAUGAAACAGAGAAAAGUGAUUGGAAAACGUAUCAUAACUGAUUUUGGUUCACCAGAUACGUGGAGUAGUGAUAUAAUAUCUAAUGUAGGCAAUCUUUUAAUGAUGAUAAAAGAUUCUGAUAUCCAAAAAAUACCAAGAGGGUGAAUUCUCGGUUGUUGCUGAGGAAGUAAUGGGAGGAUUUAAAACAUACUUGGAAACUAAGGAGGAGUGUGAAAAAGAUGUGGAUAUGAACAACAAAGAUACCAGAGUCUUGGAAGAUGGAUUUAUUAAUGUCGCAAUCUCUGCCAAAAAUGCUUUAGUAUUUGGUGCUGUCAGUGUAGAAGCACAGCGAUGG